UUUUACCGCCGGCCUCUUCGCUCCGCCAUUGUUGAAUUGACGCCGAAGACGCCAUUAUUGUGAAAUACGUUUUAAAAAUAAAUUUCACGUGCUCAUAACGAGUACAAAUAUAUACAAACAGUAAAUUUAGUAUCAAAUCUAUCAAUCAUGGCUGAUAACGAUGAUCUUCUGGACUACGAAGAUGAAGAGGCAGCGGAUCAGCAAACCACCGAAGGGGCCACGGAAGCGCCGCCUAAGAAAGAGGUUAAAGGAUCCUAUGUAUCCAUUCACAGUUCCGGCUUUCGAGAUUUCCUACUGAAGCCAGAAAUAUUGCGAGCCAUCGUCGACUGCGGCUUCGAGCAUCCAUCAGAAGUACAACAUGAGUGUAUUCCGCAAGCUGUGUUGGGUAUGGAUAUUCUCUGCCAAGCUAAGUCCGGUAUGGGUAAAACGGCUGUAUUUGUUUUGGCCACACUGCAACAACUGGAACCUUCUGAAAAUCACGUUUACGUACUCGUUAUGUGCCACACAAGAGAACUAGCGUUCCAAAUCAGCAAAGAGUAUGAACGAUUCUCCAAGUACAUGGCGGGCGUCAGGGUGUCAGUAUUUUUCGGUGGUAUGCCAAUACAGAAAGACGAGGAAGUGCUGAAAACUGCGUGUCCCCACAUCGUAGUUGGUACUCCCGGCAGGAUUUUGGCGUUAGUCAACAGCAAAAAACUCAACUUGAAACAUUUGAAGCACUUUAUCCUGGACGAGUGUGAUAAGAUGCUUGAAUCUCUGGAUAUGAGGCGAGACGUUCAGGAAAUAUUCAGGAACACACCUCAUGGAAAACAAGUGAUGAUGUUUUCUGCUACCCUGAGCAAGGAGAUCAGACCAGUGUGCAAGAAGUUUAUGCAAGACCCUAUGGAAGUGUAUGUGGAUGACGAGGCCAAGCUGACACUCCACGGGCUGCAACAACAUUAUGUAAAGCUCAAGGAGAAUGAGAAAAACAAGAAAUUAUUUGAGUUGUUGGAUGUGCUGGAAUUUAACCAAGUGGUCAUUUUUGUGAAAUCAGUGCAAAGAUGCAUAGCUCUAGCUCAGUUACUGACUGAUCAGAACUUCCCAGCCAUCGGAAUUCACCGCAACAUGACCCAGGAUGAACGUCUGUCACGUUACCAGCAGUUCAAGGACUUCCAGAAGAGGAUUUUGGUUGCUACCAACUUGUUUGGUCGAGGCAUGGACAUUGAACGUGUGAAUAUUGUCUUCAACUAUGAUAUGCCUGAAGACUCCGACACCUACCUGCAUAGAGUGGCUCGUGCUGGACGUUUUGGUACCAAGGGUUUAGCCAUUACCAUGGUUUCUGAUGAAGCAGAUGCGAAGAUCCUGAAUGAAGUUCAAGAUAGGUUUGAUGUCAACAUUACGGAGCUGCCCGAGGAGAUCGAAUUAUCUACUUACAUUGAAGGACGAUAGAUUUAAGUUCUGUUUUCAUUCCCUUUUGUACUAACUGUGGUAUUUCACUAGUUUCAAAACUUGUCAUUGACUAGACUUGUUUAAAAGUUCUACAUAAGUAGGAUCUUGGUUUGUAUAAGUGCAAAGUAAUGUCCAAAUACAGUUAAUUCUAGGCUUAAAAGUAAUUAAAUUGACAUUGAUAUUGUGGCAA